UGGGACAUAGGCAGAAGCUGGAGGGGAACAAUAUCUGCAGUGACCCAAAGUCCAGAGGCAGAACCACUGGGCUCCAUUUAUCUCCUCAAGAGCCUGUCAUCUGAAGGUCUAGAUCAAGGGCGCAUCCAAGCAGGUCACCGAAGUUUUCCCUCUGCUCUGCCGGCUGACCUCUGCUGUUUCCUCAUUUCUCUGAAAAAAUGGAACGUUCCACACGAGAAAUUUUCCUCAACUUCAUGAUUGUCCUGAUUACAGUAAUCCUCAUGUGGCUCCUUGUGAAGUCUUACCAGGAUUGAAAGACUCUCAGAAACUCUGGAGGUGAUUUCAAUGUGUGCCUCCACAGACAUGAGAAACACCCACAGCAUGCCACAGUGAUGAGCUUUGAAUCAAUUGAGAAUGUUGUCAGCCUUUUUUUUUACUCUCCUAUCUGUUGUCUGUGCUGUUUGUAAUGGGUCUGUGAUGGUGUAAUUAUUUUAGUCUGCAGUGAUCCAGCUGUAAAAUGUAAGAUGUUUAGGAACAGUUUGAUGUGGCUGUCUCCUCUGGUAGCUUCUGUGAGUGCUGUAUCCCCAGCCCACCACRCCGGCUCGUUUGGCAUCAGUGUCAGAUUCUCGAGGGUGUAAAACUGCAYAAUGUAAUGUAAGAGCCUGUAUUAUCCAAUGUAAGAGGCACAAACUUGCUUUGCAGAAAGGAAUGUGAAACCUCUGCUUCCACUUGCACAUUUUGUUUAAAU